CAACAGUUGAUCAUUCAAGCUCCUGUGUCCUCUGUCCAGCUGGACUCUGAGUGUCUGUCCCAGGGAGAGAUGAGGGUGUCCUGCUCCUCUGAGGGAGGGGACAGUCCUCAGUACAGCUGGACUCUGGAUGGACGCACACUGACAGACGCUGAGCUCCUCCCAGGAAAUACUGAGACUAAGAGCAUCACUCUGAAACAACACGUCUCAGGACAACUGGUCUGCUCAGUCAGGAACGACGUCAGUAGAGUCUCAGAAGAACAGACAAUAUCUAACUGUGGCUUCAUAUUCAUUAACUGCACCUCAGACAAUGAGACGCAUUCACAGUGGGUGUUUGCAGCCAAUAAUACUCUCUGUGUUGAGACAACAACAACAACUCCCAUGAGUACAGGAACUGUGGGUAAGGAGACUGCCGUAGUCACAAAUAACCCCGUCACUAAUAUCACAUCCUCCAAGCCAAAUGAUGAACCCUGGUACAUUCACUACUUGGCGCCGAUGUCUGGUGUGUUGUCUGCACUGGUAAUACUGUUAGUGGUCGGCGUCGCUGUCGUCUGCCUUCACAAGAGGAAAAAAAACAGCAAACCUCAAGAAGAAGACGACCAGGAACUAACCUAUGCGGACGUCAGGAUCAUGCAGCGGCCGGGGAGGCAGGUGCAGCAAAGGGCAGAGGCGGAGGUGGAGUACGGCCAGGUGAAGUUUUCAGAGCGACCGCGGCAGGCCGUCGAACCAGCGGAAGAUGAGUGUGUGUACGCCAAGGUCCGUAAAGCCAGGUGAUUCACAGUGUUCUUAUAGAGACUGCACCACUGAAGGCAGGUGGAGGACGAGUUUGUCAGGAUGCCUGAACGUCUUCCACCUGCAUUUAAUGUGAUGAUCAGCAGGGAAACUAUAUUAUUAUCAAUAUUAUUAUUAAUAUUAAUAUUAUUUUACUUGGGUUGACCAUUUUUUAAGUACUUCACAAUUGUUGUUACACUCCUUUUUUGUAUUUAGAUUAUGUUGUACUUCCUUGUUUUUACCUGUUUAUGAGCAUAUUAACUUUUUAUUUCAUUGUUAAAACAGUUUAAACUUGCACAAAUGCUACAGUGUCUUGCCAGUGUCUUCUGUUUUUAUCCCUCAAUGAUUAGCAGACAUGAAAAAGACUUAACUGCUCUAAAAAAGGUGUCAUCAGCCGUUUAUGAGGGUUUGUAUUAAUAUGUCUUCUAAAAUGGCAACUUUUACCUUCAUGCCAAAGUGAUAAAGUUCAGCCUUACUUAGAUUAAAUGUAUUUAUUAAGCAGCUGUGGAUGGAUUAGUUUACAUGAAUAAUCUAGUAUGCUCUUGCAUCAGUCGUGUAAGUUUAUCAAAGGGUCGUGCGAUGUGUGGGAGUUAAUCUCUACAUCGAUCCUUUGGCUCUCUUGCCUUAAGAAAAGUUUGUAGAGAGGUUUCUUGUCUCUCAGGAAGUUCUCAGUAACCACAUAUUUUUUCUGUGAUGUAAAAACACUUCUCUUUUUUCACACACUUGUGCUUUCAUUCUUACAAAAGUCGUUUAUCAGUUACAUGGGUGAUUUUUAUGAUUACAGUUGUUUCGGUUGCAAGAUAAAUAUCCCCUGAAUGCAAUAAUAAGAAGAUAUGGGCAUGUAGUCUAACUACAUUCUAUCUGAGAAGAAGCCUUUUAAACACCUUUUUAAAAGAGGCUUUUCCCCCCCUCUGCAACAAGUGGAGAGCUGAGUGGGGCAAGUGUAGAUAAGAAGCUAAAAAACUUGCAGGCUAUCUUUUCACACCAUCAGGUUUUCUAUAUUUAGUUGAUGUUUGUGGUUUCCAGUUUAGCUUUACAGAACUUCAACAGAAGUACAAAUAUAAACUGUAUUAUCACUUAACAAUUUGAAAAGAUUAAACACUGUUAAUUAUUUAGCAUUUGAGCAGUGGUGGAAAAAGUAUUCAGAUUACUUACUUAAGUAAAAGUACUAAUUCCAAAUUGUGAAAUCACUCAACUACAAGUAAAAGUCCUGCAUUCAAAACUUAUUGAAGUAAAAGUACAGAAGUAUCGGCAUCAAAAUGUACUUAAAGUAUCAAAAGUAACAGCACUCGUUAUGCAGAAUGGACCAAUCAGAUUGUUAUGUAUAUAUUCUAAUAAAUGAUUUUAUUAUUAUUGAUGCAUUUAUGUAAGCAGCGUUUUAAUUUUCUCAAGACAGGGCUCAUUUUAACUACUUAAUAUACUGUUAUCAGGUUUAAUUUAAAGAAAUGUCUAAUCUCUUUAAAUUUAUCAUGUUUUUUAUGUUAAAUCUCCACCUGAAAAGUAACUAAAGCUGGCAGCUAAAUGUAGUGUAGAGUAAAAAGUACAAUAUUCGCCUCAAAAUGUAAUGAAGUAGAAUUAUAAAGUUACAGAAAAUGGAAGUAGUCAAGUAAAGUAUAGGAACCUCAAAACUGUACUUAAGUGCAGUACGUGAGUAAAUGUACCAAUGUGCAUUUGAGGACUGGAUCAAGUAGAUCAGUAUAUUAUUCAUAGCCAUGUUUGUGCCAUGAUCAGAAGAAAGAGGGAUGAUUAAUAAAAACCAAGCACCUUCACUGACAGGAAUAUUCAGAUUCAAAGGUUUUAAUUAUUAGACAAUGUGACAAAUAGAAAUCGAAAGAGAUCUUUCUGCAUGUGGGAGUGUUUUAAAGCAGCCCGAUACUACAUUUUAAUAUAUUUAAAUUAGUCAAUCUAGACUUAGAAAGAUAAUAAUGCGAGAGAAAACAAAUCUUACUUUGAAGUACACAGUGUAUUCUGAGACCACAGGCAACAUUCAGCGACUUUUUAUUUCCUAAAAAGAUACUCUAUGAACUAAUCUAAAUAUCUCCCAGGCUCUUGGUUUUCUCUGCGUCUUCUGACAGACUUUUAUAAGUGAAACAUUGUGCAACUUGACUCCUCGUACCGAUAGGAGGGUAUGCUUGAAGACAUAACAGUGAGGGCAGAAACAAAUAAUACAGGAAGACAUAAGCUAGUGGAACGAUGCUUUUUGCAUCACGUUACUGCUUGUUUAACACCUUGUGUUGCUCAGUUUACUUCAUGACUCUGAGACACAGGAGAAUGUACAGAGCAGCUCACAGUGAACAUCUUGGAGAAAUAACUUUUCAUACUGUCAGAGCAAUAAUCAGAUGCUGUUUUAUGGGCGUGGACUGUGUGAAGGAAGUGUACGGCCAAACCUUUGAUCCUCAUUUUCUCUCUAUCACCUUUUGGCACACUUAAGCACCUAUUUCUGUAAAAUAAACUGUUUUGUUGUGUUAUGCUAAAUUAGUGUGAUGCAUUUUAGUUUACUGUAACUUUGGCUAUUUUUUUUAUUUGUGUUUUUACUUUAGUUAACCUCUUUUUAAGCAAAAUGUAUAACAAGAGCAUCCAUUAUCAAUUAAUUUCUCC